AAUAUCACGAUCAACCUUUUUUCUCCUUAUCAUUCUUCAAUCUUCCUCCUCUUUCUGUCACAAAUCAGAUGAGCUCUUUACCGAUCUUAUCAUCUCCCUCUGCAACAAACCAACCUGAAACCAAGUCAUCCGCAGUAAACAGGUGCAAUUCCGAGUCAACAGUACCUGGAAGUUCCAUGGAAGCGAAAGAAGCACCACCACCUACCACUGUUGUCUCGACUCAAACUCAGCCCAUUACUGAGCCUGAAACAAUUAUACGACCUGAAGAACAAUCAGGAACAGUGGAACACAAUCUCUCAGAGAUACUUGCUAGAGAGACAGUUUUUAGCUUGAGUGAAAUAGAGGCUCUCUAUGAUCUGUAUAGAAAAAUCAGCAGUGCUGUGACUGAUGAUGGGCUAAUAAACAAGGAAGGGUUUCAACUGGCCUUAUUCAUGAAAAAUAAAAAAGAGAGCUUAUUUGCAGACGGUGUGUUUGAUUUGUUCGACACAAAGCAUAAUGGAAUACUGGGGUUUGAGGAGUUUGCUCGUGCUCUCUCCGUCUUUCAUCCAAAUGCUCCUAUUGAUGACAAGAUUGACUUUUCGUUUCAGCUGUAUGAUCUUAAGCAGCAAGGUUUCAUCGAAAGUCAGGAGGUGAAGCAAAUGGUGGUUUCUACUCUUGCGCAGGCAGGCAUGAAACUGCCAAACGAUGUCACAGAGAGUAUAAUCGACAAGACAUUUGAGGAAGUUGAUGCGAACUGUGACGGGAGGAUCGAUAAGGAAGAGUGGAGGAUCCUUGUUCUUAAGCAUCCUUCGCUUCUGAAGAAGAUAACUCUGGAGUAUCUCAAGGAUAUCACGACUACGUUUCCGAGCUUUGUGUUUGAUGAUGACUAUUGCGUUAGUGGUCUCUGGUUCGAGUGA